CAUAUAAUGAACGUCUGACCUAGGAUUCAUUUUAAAAGAUUGUUAAGAUGCCGUCGGAUACUUCUAGCCUUUUCAAGGAACUAACACUCAAAGAUGCCGAGAAAGCUUUGGCAGCGGAUUUGGAUUUGCUUGUGAAUACUAUACCGAAUUCAUCUCCAGAAAAAGAAGCGUUCAUAAACCAGAUGGCAUCUUUCAAAGAGUUGUUUAAGCAAUAUUUACAUGAUAAAACAGAAAAAUUUGAUUGGAAUAUGAUGGAGCCUGUUCCAUCUGAAAGUAUUAAAAUGUACGAUGCCCUUCAUGUUCCUACCGAUCGUGAAGUAAUUCGUCAACAGUUAAAUAAGUUAGUAGUGGUGAAACUAAAUGGUGGCUUGGGCACCACGAUGGGUUGUACUGGACCCAAAUCCUUAAUUUCUGUAAGGAGUAAUCUUACUUUUCUCGAUCUGACUGUACAACAAAUCGAGAGACUAAACAAUGAAUACGGAACGAGUAUUCCCUUGGUUUUGAUGAAUUCCUUUAAUACACAUACUGAAACUGAAAAGGUUUUACGCAAAUACCAGCAAGUUAAUGUUCAGAUUUUGACGUUUUUACAAAGCUGCUAUCCUCGUCUGAAUCGAGAGUCAUUACUUCCUAUUGCUAAAUGUGCUGGUCAGGAAAGUCAUGAUUCUGGAACAAAGACUUCUAAAGAUAUGAACUAUAAUCCUGAAGAAUGGUAUCCUCCUGGACAUGGUGAUUUCUAUCGUAGUUUUGUUGCUUGUGGAUUAGCAGAGAAAAUGAUAGCUAUUGGUAAACAAUGGGUUUUUAUGUCUAAUAUUGAUAAUCUUGGAGCAACUGUUGAUCUGAAUAUUCUAAAUUUUUUAAUGAAUAAAGAAUUUCAUUAUGGUAAACAAUCACCAGAGUUUGUUAUGGAAGUAACUGAUAAAACACGAGCUGAUGUUAAAGGUGGUACUUUAACACAAUAUCGUGGACAUUUGAGACUUUUAGAAUUAGCUCAGGUCCCUGAAGAACAUAUUGAUGAUUUUGCUAGUGUACGAACAUUUAAAAUAUUUAAUACAAAUAAUCUUUGGAUUGAUUUACAAGCUUUACAUCGUAGUGUUAAACAAAAAACUUUACAAAUGGAAAUCAUUGUCAAUCCUAAAACUUUAGAUUCUGGUACAAAUAUAUUACAAUUGGAAGAGGCUGCAGGAGCUGCUAUCAAGUCAUUUAAUGGUGCUUUUGGUGUUAAUGUUCCACGAAGUCGUUUCUUACCAGUUAAAACUACUUCAGAUUUAUUGUUAGUAAUGUCUAAUUUGUAUGUAUUAGAUGGUGGAAGUUUAUCAUUGUCUCCAUUAAGAAGUUUUCCAUCUGUUCCUUUAGUAAAACUUGGUAGUCAUUUUAAAAAAGUCAAAGAUUUCUUAAGUCGAUUUACAAGUAUACCAGAUCUACUGGAAUUGGAUCAUUUAACUGUAUCCGGAGAUGUAUACUUUGGAAAAGGAGUAGUUUUAAAGGGUACAGUUAUUAUAAUUUCUAAUUUUGGUAAUCUUAUUAAUAUACCACCAGGUUCAAUAUUAGAAAAUAAAAUUGUUUCAGGAAAUCUACGCAUUUUAGAUCAUUAAUUAUUUUUAACAUUUAAAACCAAUUGAAGUUAUUACACUUAAUUAAUAUUAGAAGGUUGUAUUUGUCAUGUUUGUGCUUUCAUUGUUAUUAUUAUUAUUAUUAUUAUUUAGUAUGAUUCAUUUGAAUAUAACAUUUCCAAUGUUCUUAUUUAUAACUUCAUUUCAUUUUACCCCUAAUAUUAUAUUUACUGUAUCUUAUAUAUAUCUAAACUGAUUUAGGUACAUAUAAUUUAUACUUUGCAAUUUGCAAUUUUCAUAUUACCUUGAUGAAGAAAGUGAUAAUCUUUUUCUUUUCUUUUUCAUUUUGUUUAAAAUAAAUAUCAUAUUCAUUUUUCAAAUUGUAAGUAGGAAAUAUUAUAUAUUUAAAUAUAAUAAUAUUGUCUUUUUA